AACAUGUACUGCGUGGCAAGGUUGUCUGGGUGACAGGAGCCUCAAGUGGAAUUGGAGAAGAAUUGACUUACCAGCUGGCAAAGAUUGGAGCCCUGCUUGCCAUCUCUGCAAGGAGGGAGGAUGAGCUGGAGAGAGUGAAAAAGAAAUGCCUUCAGAUUAGCAGCCUGAAUGAAAAAGAUAUCCUUGUUCUGCGUCUUGACUUGACUGACAGAUCCUCUCAUGAAGCUGCAACCAACAGUGUUCUUAAGCACUUUGGCAAGAUUGAUGUGUUGGUCAACAACGGUGGACGCUCCCAGCGCUCCCUGUUUGUGGAUACAAACUUGGAUGUCUACAGUGCCAUCAUAGAACUCAACUACCUAGGUACCAUCUCCUUAACAAAGCAUGUCCUGAAUCACAUGGUCCAGAGGAGAUCAGGGAAGAUUGUCACUGUGAGCAGUGUGAUGGGUAUCAUGGGAGCUCCGCUCGCCACGGGGUACUGUGCCAGCAAACAUGCUCUGCAGGGAUUUUUUAAUUCUCUGCGGACUGAGCUGACUGACUACCCUGAGAUAAGCAUUAUCAACAUCUGCCCAGGGCCUGUGCAGUCCAAGAUCAUCCAAAAUGUCUUUACUGAGAAUCUUGCAAAGUCCAUAGAGAACAGUGGUGACCAGUCCCACAAGAUGCCAACCGAGCGCUGUGCCCGGCUCACCCUGGUGAGCACAGCCAACGACCUGAAGGAGGCCUGGAUCAGUGACCACCCCUACCUGGCUGUGUGCUACAUGUGGCAGUACACACCCACCUGGGCUUGGUGGCUGAUGAACAGGAUGGGCAAGAGGAGGAUACAGAACUUCAAGAGUGGAGUGGAUGCUGAUGCCUCUUACUCAAGAAAGAAGAAGUAAGGAUGAGCGUGUACAAAAUUCUGCUGUUCUUGUGCUAAGGCUGAGAAACUUUUCAUAUUGCAUGUCUGCAAACAGCAGCUUUUUUUUUUUUUAUCUGAUAUCUUUGUCAUCCUGUAACUUGCCAAAUCUUAUCAAGCUGCAUACACACUUGACUGAAUAA